GUAUAUGGGCCAGUUGGUUAUCUCAUCCUUGGACUUUAAGGCUUGGCCCUAGCACACGCUGACUAGCCACUCACCUUUCCUGUAGCGAUAAAUACAGUCUAUAUCAGCGUCACGCACCACACCUUACAGCAGAUAUUUCAGUUCACCAAGCUUGUUAACGCAGUUGUCUCGACACGCCUAUUCUUGGACCAGUUAUUUAUUUCAAAAAGGAUAUUUCUCAACGAAGACUGUAAGACAUGACAGACAAGGGGAACCCACCGCCAAGUUAUGAUCCAGGACAGAACCAAGGAUACCCUCCACAGCAGGGGUACCCUCCACAACAAGGGUACCCCCCUCAACCCGGGUAUGCCCAGCCAGGGGCGGUGAUGUACAGCCCUGGUCAACAAGGCGUGGUGACAGGACAGCCCUAUGGCGGCGCCACCGUCGUGGUCACCCAAGCAGCGCCGCGUCCGGCAAGCUAUCUGGGUUUCUCCAUAUUUGUAUUGCUUUGUUGUAACUUGCUUUGUGGAAUCAUUGCCUUAAUAUUUUCAAUAAUGUCCAGCAGUGCAGCAGACCGUGGUGACACGGAGACAGCACGUUCUCACGGCAAGGUGGCGCUGGGGCUUAACAUCACCGGUAUCGUGUCUUCAGUCAUCAUUGUGGUCGUCGUGGUCAUCUUGGUCUUUACCGCCCCCUAUUUAUUCUGGGCAGCAGCCGCGUCCGCUAUCAAUACUUACGGAUAGGCGUGGCUGGCAGGAUAUGCGUACAGUAUAGGCGGAUAUACGUCUAUGUACGCACAAAUGUUUGCAUUUGAGGUUUAAAUUAAUUUUUUUUUAACAAUUGAUAUUGUAACUAAUAUUUGAUUAAGUCUAUUGAUAGGAAUAACGGCGCGAAAAGAAUUAAGUGCACUUUUUUACACAUUUAUGUAUCAUGGGCACACAUAGCUGAUUAUUAGGGCCUACUUAUGAAAUGACUUCCAUACGAUUUCUAAAAACAAUUAUCUCAGUUUGGUAAGCAAGAGCUUACAGUCAUAUAAAUUUUACUUGCGGCUUUUGCGGGCACAGUUAUUCGAUUAUUCGGGAAACUUCGACAGAUUCUGUCGUUUGGAUAGGCCUACCGAAUAUUCAGAUCCAUUCAGAUGAUUCUCAGGUUGACUGAAAGUGAUUUAUUUUAGUUAUCAUAAAAUGCUUGGGCUAGACACGCACGCUUCUAUUUGAAGACCGAUUAGCCUAUUUGUAUAUCAGCGCAACUGUGACAGAACAUCGACCAUUGGAAUAAUUUUGAAAAAGAUUUAGGCCCUGUCAUGUGAAAUCAACUUUCAGUCUUUUUAUGUGUGAUACUUUCCAUUUCCCGAAGGUUUGGUUUGAUUUCACAUAAAUACAUCACUGAUAUUUAAAUUUGGCUUGUGAUGAGUUAUGAUGAGACAGUUAAAUCUUCCAUUUUUCUUUAUAAGAUAGUCUAUUAUGGCCAAUAGGACGAUGCGUGUAUCUUUAAAUGUCAUGCAAUUAAAAUGUGACCUGUUGACAAAUGAAAUCACCAAAAUACCUCCAUAUAUAGGCCUAUAUAUAUUAAGUAAGAAGAGAAUUCGAAAGAAAAAAAACCCAAAGGAAUGCGAAGCGAUUAUUCAAAACCCAACAGUUUUAUCUUGCAUUUUAUUUUUUCUUUAAUAUUUCACAGAAGAUGGAUGAAAACAGUGUGAUCAGUAAAAUGUUUUAGUCAAACUUCUGGGUAACCUAUUUCAAUUUUUAUUCCAAGAUUUUAUACAUAAACAGAUAAUGUGUAGUAUAUUUUGUGUAUUGUGAUGUACUUAAUGUGUGUGGACCUUCGUUAACAUUCCCUCCAUUACAGUGACUGUAGUACGGCACUUAACUUUAUACUGUGGUGAUAUAUAAAGUAGAAGAAGUUAGAUGAUUUAUUACUCUAGUUAACCAAGAUUUUCUAAUCCAUUAACAUUAUAUAGUUUUGAUAAGUAGACUUUUUUAAAAUCUUAGAAUGUUCCUCAGACAUUCAAAAGUCGCAUCGCGGUGGUAGGCUACAUGUAACGUGACAUCUGAUAUAAAGAUGUGUUGCUUGCCAACAGACCACCUUUUUAUCUUAACUUAAAACAACAUGCACUUGUCGACAGAGGAGUAGGCCCUACUUAAGACUGCGUAGGCUUUCAAUGUAAUGAAUAUUUUCUGUAAAGAAAUCACUUAUUUUCUGAAUUAACACUAUCUGGAGUAGGCAUUUCAAAGAAUGUAGAUAUUUUUGUAAAGUGUAUUUUGCUGAUGAGAUAAUCAAAGAAAAAGAGCUCCAUGAAGACGAAAUGAUUUGCUAGGAAUCAAACACACACCAAUGUUACUUCUAUUUUUCUUUAAACCGUUAUUAUUAUCUCCAUUUCUUGUAUGAAUCAUAGGCCUCUAGGCCUAUUUUGUAAAUUUGAAUGUUUUAAAAGUGCAGUUUUCAUGUGUUGAUGCUUUAUCGACGGAUAGAUUGUCGACUAUGCACAAAUUUUAUUGUCAUCAUCAAAUAAAAAUAUUGAUCGCAUACCUUGUAUAGGCCUUUUUUAUUUUACUAAAAGAGAGAGAGAGAGAGAAGGAGGGAGAAGGAGGGGGGGGGCGGUAGGCAGUCUCCCAUAGGACGGACAAAGCUUUAGGCCUACAGCUUUUAAAAUACUUUGAAAAAUUAAUCGUUAAAAGCGUUUUUUUUACAUUCAAAUUUAGACCUUUCUUUUUCUUUCCCAUUUUAUGUCGUUUGGGUUUAGGCUACCGAGAAAAGUCAAUCUACUGGUAUUUAUACGAUUUAACCAUUUCUCGUGCUCAUGUCUCUAAAUUUGAGUUAAAUAGGCCUAUGGGAGAGAGUAGGCCUAGGCUACAGCCACAUUUUGCAACAAAACGCAUUUUACAACCGGCAGAAACAAAUAAUAAUAAUGAGAAGAAGAAGAAGAAAUACCCAAAAUCCGGUCUCGGUUGCAUUUUCAAUCACAACGAGGCCAGCUUAGUGCCAUCCCAUAAUAUCACUGCUGUAGUAAAAAUCGGCAGCUUGUGGAUUACUACGACAAUACACAAGUAAGUCUCGAUUUAUGGCCAUAUUUUAAAUGUUAAGUAUUUGGAUAACAGUUGUUAAGAUGUUUUUAAUAUUGUCAGGAAAUUAGAUGCAAGUGUUGCUUUUUCCCUUCUAUUCAUCCGUAAGUCUACAAUAUUUAUACGCCGGUAAUCUCGGAUGUAGAUUGUUUUAAUUUUUUGUUAAAUAUCUUAGUAAUGAUAUUUUUCACUGAUGAUUUAUUGUUCUUAUUACAUAGAAGCUCAAUGAAAAUAGAUUGGACGGUUGUUUUACAUUAAACUUCUGAAGCUUUCUUAAAAAUUGUUUAUCAAUUGUUUAUCAGUUGUCUAUAUGCCAUUAUCUCUCACAUUUGGGUAAUCUGGGAAAUCUAAAAUAAUUGAAAUGACGAAUGAAGUUACUAAUUUAAGUUAAUAAUUGUCAUGUGUCGUCGUGCAUGUUUUAUAGUUAUGGCCAACCAAAUGCCGCCUCAGCCGAGUCCAACUUCACCACAACCUCAGCUGCAACCAAUGCAGCCAGGUCAACCAGUGCAGCCAGGUCAACCAGUGCAGUAUUACCCCCCUGGGCAACAACCGGGGCAAGGGGCCGUCAUGUACCAACCUCAGCCCGGCGCCCAGGUCAUCAUGCCGGCCACUGUGGUGACCACGCCAAGACCCUAUAGUUACCUCUACUUCUCCAUCUUCGUGAUGCUCUGCUGCAACUUCUUAUUUGGAAUAUUGGCCCUGAUUUUCUCAAUAAAGUCUCGGAGUGCGACAGACCAUGGAGACACCGCCAGCGCCAAGUCCAGCGGCAGCGUGGCCCUGGGCCUUAACAUCGCCGGCAUCGUGAUCACGCUGCUCUGUGUCAUCGUUGCUGUGGUUCUGCUGGUCACCAGCCCUUUUAUCUUCUGGGCAGCCGCGGUCAGCUCCUACUCCGACUCCGUGGGUAAUACCUCGUGGGGGGAUUCUUGGGACAGUUUCUGGACGACCAUGCCAACCACCUCGGCUUGAAUGACCGAAAAAGUGACCACGUCGGCUGUAUAAAUAAUUCAAUGUGACAAGAAUGGUAGUCUGUUAAGAAUUUUACUCUGUUCCUCAUGACUAUUUGUACAUGUACAGGUGACAUCCGUUCCAUAUACUAACCCUAAUACCUUAAUUAACCCUAACCAGUACUUAUCAUAUUGGAACCUGGACUACAUUCCUAGGACUACCAUUUCUGUCACAUUGGAACGUAGUUUACUAGAGAGAAGACAAUAGACAGCCACAUCUAACACAAGUGAUAUGUUUUCAACAGAAAAUAAAACUACAGGGAUUACGCACGUAGUGUUAUGAAGACAAAAAUAGACAACAAACUUGUUCGAUUUUAAGUACCAGCCAUUGAGAUACUAACUGCAUUUAUUUGACCUUAUUAAACGAAAGAAGUACCAAAUAUUUCAAAUCGGUUACACGGGUAUUUAGUGUACAAUGCCGCAAUCGAAUACGUACGAAACCGAUCUACAUAUAAUGAUAAGUAAAAUUAAUAAAAUAUUUCAAGGCAAUUUUCCCUUUGAUAAUUUCAUAUUUGAUUUUCUUUGGAUA